AUGGCUGCUAUGUUCGCUGGCCUUUCUCUUUUGCAGCAAAGUAGUGGUAGAGAAGAGGGUGACUCUGCCCGAAGUAGACUGUUGCAAGCCCACGUGCAUCGACCUGUCCGUAGUGUUCAGUCCAGGUAUCGCUCCCUGCGAAGCCACGAUAGUGUGAAUCUUCAAGUUUCUCGCCGAUCUUCACGCCAUGACGUUCUUCUUCUUCUUGCAGCGGAGGAUGCUGCCUCGUCCAUGAGGCGAGAGCGGCGCUGGUGGUCAAUUCACCACACUGGUGGCCAACUGGGUUUCUGGGAGACCAAAGUGAAGCAAUGGCAUCGCAUUGCGGACGAAUUUGGGAUGCCAGGAGACGCUGACGACUAUUUGGACAUGCGUUAUUUGCGCACAUACAGAGUAGACUGUCGGACGUUUGAGUUCCUGCUCCGUCAAACCUGCAAUGACCUACAGCAAGAGUCAACUAGGUUUCGGACACCUGUACCCCCUGCCAAGCGCCUGGCAAUUUGUAUGCACUGGCUUGCGCAUGGUCUUACGUUUGACCAGCUAGGCGAGCUGUAUUGCAUUGGGGCGUCAACUGCCCAUGAUAUUGUGCAUGCUGCAGUCAGUGUUUUUAAAAACAUCCUGGUACCAGCAGCCAUCAAGUUCCCUUCUGGUAGGGAGCUGGAGGACGUCAUCGCUGGCUUCAGUGAUCUAGCUCAGCUGCCCAUGUGUGCUGGUGCGAUCGAUGGUACUUUUGUGCAUAUCAAGAAGCCUGCUCUCUGGGGAGACAACUAUUGGUGCUAUAAAAACUUUAUAGCAAUUCAUAUGUUGGCAGUGUGCGAUCACCGCUGCCAAUUCACUUUCGUGGAUGUCGGCAGAGCUGGUUGCGUGGGAGAUGCUUUCAGCUACGCAGAAAGCUCUCUGCGCCGACGUAUUGUUGGUGGCCGGUGGCUCCAAGAUUUGCACCGCAACUUUGAUGGCACCACUGUUCGUCCCUAUUUGAUAGGUGACAGUGCGUUCCCUCUGGAGCCUCAACUGAUGAAGUGCUACGACCAGGCACGCUUCCAACACCAGACAAGGUUCAACAAGGCACUGAUAUCAUCCCGACAGAAAAUUGAGAACGCGUUUGGCUUCUAUAAAGGGCGUUGGCAUGUUCUCAUUGAGAAUUUCAUCCGAGACCCGGCUUUUAUGAGAGACGUUGCAUUGGUCUGUGCAGCUCUCCACAAUAUCUGCCAGAGAGCCAAUUGCAAGUACAGUACGACAUGGAAUGCCGACGAAGCAAAUUACAUUCGCAUAGGACCAGAAUUGCCACCAGCGGCACCUGCAGAUCUACCUGGCGGGGGCGAUGUCCGCUUUGCAAUCUCUUCAAUGCUGUGA